AUGUUUCUAUCCUUUUUUUGUCUCUUCAUUUUGUUCUAUUUUUCUUUCAAUGAUUUUUCUCUUUCAUUCUUUCUCUGUUUGUCCCUUUCUUUUAUUUUUGUUUUUGUUUCAAAAUUUGUUUCGUUCCUUUCACCGUUUCUUUCCUUUCGUCUGCUAAUUGGAGCUUUUUUCGUAUCGUCUGCAUUUGAUUUCUUUCAUUUUAAUAGUUUCGCGUUUCUUUCUUUAUUUCCUUAUUUAUUUAUUUCUGGCCAACCAUGCAUACAUAACGCUUCUUUCAUUCUUUUUUGUUUGAAUGUUUUAAUCCUUCUUUUUUCCUUCAUUUUCUUCUUUCCUUCUGUCUGUGAUAUUUCGUUUUUCCUGCGUAUUUCAUUCCCUCUUUGUCUUUUUCUUUUGUCAUUUUUCCUUCACAUCUUUUAUUUUUUUUUACAUUUUAUUCUAAUGAUUUUCUUCUCCAUUUUUCUUUCACACAAAUUUUUCUCAAGUUUUCUUUCGAUUUCAUUUUUCAUAAUAUACUAUAAUUUCGCUCGCUCUGUUUUUCUGUCUUUCUUUCUUCGUAUUUUUAUCAUUUCUCUUUAUUUUCUUUCUUUCACUUUUAUUUAUUCUUCUUCGUAA